AUGCCGCCGACAUCCUCGGCCGGUGGUCCGCCACCUCCUAAUAGCCCUUAUCCGAAUUCGGCAGAGCCCAAGCACUGCCCGGGCAGUAUCGACCACAGAACGCCAGCGGACCGCCUGGACCCCCGAUGGGUUAUGGAUACAGUGCACCGAAUUCCGGAAUCAAUUACACAAACAGCUGGAGGUGCAGCUGGUUGUUCAUAUGGUUCCUUUCCCAGUCCAGGGCAAACCCCUCCCCCGAACCAAGUGGCCGCAGCCAACAACGGCUCCAAUCCCCCAUCCAACGCUCCAUCACAGCAGCCACCAGUCUCGCGGCCUCCAUCCUCACAUCCACUAGCAUCGUAUGCUCCACCUCAGUCCAUUGCUAGCGGACCUCCGACGCAGCAACCGGCCUACUCGUCGCCACCACCGUCCCCCGGCCGAGCAGGCCUGCCGACUGCAUACACUCAGCACCAGCCGCCAAUGGGGCAGCCGCCGCCGCGCCGCCGCCAAACACUUCGGCCAACAUGCCAUUCAACGGAGUUGCCGUAUUAUUCGUGCGCAAUGUUUAUGUCUUAUUUAUAA